CCUCUCGGCUGUCCGGCCCUCUCGGCUGUCCGGCCCGCUCGGCCAGGGAAGGAGCUGCGGCACCGCAAGAUGCGCUGCCUGACCACACCCUUGCUGCUGCGGGCCCUGGCCCAGGCCCAGGCUGCAUGUGCAGGACAUCCCGGUGGCCGGAGCCUCCACAGCAGUGCAGUGGCAGCCACCUAUAAGUAUGUGAACAUGCAGGAGCCGGUGAUGGACAUGCGGUCAGUGACCGAUGGGGCAGCUCGGACCCUGCUGUGGACCGAGCUCAUCCGAGGCCUGGGCAUGACCCUGAGCUACAUGUUCCGGGAGCCAGCCACCAUCAACUACCCAUUUGAGAAGGGCCCACUGAGCCCGCGCUUCCGCGGGGAGCACGCACUGCGCCGUUACCCAUCUGGGGAGGAGCGCUGCAUCGCCUGCAAGCUGUGCGAGGCCAUCUGCCCUGCCCAGGCUAUCACUAUCGAGGCUGAGCCGAGGGCCGAUGGCAGCCGCAGGACCACCCGCUACGACAUUGACAUGACCAAGUGCAUCUACUGCGGCUUUUGCCAGGAGGCUUGCCCUGUGGAUGCCAUCGUCGAGGGCCCCAACUUUGAGUUCUCCACGGAGACACAUGAGGAGCUGCUGUACAACAAGGAAAAGCUGCUCAACAAUGGGGACAAGUGGGAGGCCGAGAUUGCCGCCAACAUCCAGGCCGACUACCUCUACCGGUGACGACCUGCCCGCUUGGCUUGGCCCCGCAGCCCCUGCUGCCCAAUAAAAGCUCUGACCCCCC